AUGAACUCCCAGGUUCGCCAGAACUUCCACCAGGAGUGCGAGGCCGCCCUCAACCGGCAGGUCAACCUGGAGCUGUACGCCUCCUACGUCUACCUGUCUAUGUCUUAUUACUUUGACCGUGAUGAUGUGGCACUGAAGAACUUUGCAAAAUAUUUCCUGCACCAGUCCCAUGAAGAACGUGAGCAUGCAGAGAAACUUAUGAAGAUGCAGAACCAACGUGGAGGGAGGAUAUUUUUGCAGGAUGUGAAGAAGCCAGAUCGUGAUGAGUGGGGCAGUGGUUUUGAGGCUCUUGAAUGUGCUCUGCAGCUGGAGAAAAGUGUCAACCAGUCCCUUUUGGAACUGCACAAAUUGGCUACAGAUCGCAACGACCCUCAUCUUUGUGACUUUUUGGAAACUCAUUACUUGGAUGAGCAAGUGAAAUCAAUAAAGGAGUUGGGUGAUCAUGUGACCAACCUGCGCAGGAUGGGAGCCCCACAAAAUGGCAUGGCUGAAUACCUCUUUGACAAACACACAUUAGGAGAGUCCCACGACUGA